AUGUACGGCCACGGAUCGAUGACACAAGAUGAAAUGGAUGAAAAGUAUCCUGGUCGUCCAAAGAACCAUGCAAAGACGUUGCCAUUCCACGAACUUUACACCACUCUGUUCAACCCUCUCAAUGAGAACAAGAAGAAGCCAACGGGUCCAUCAAUCGCGCGCAAGAAGGAAGGCCCUCACGGUCAAGGCCAAGCACCGCAUGAAGCGCGACGCUCGAUCAUCGAUCGCUUCAUCUCGAGAUGGCGCAAACAGGUCGGCAACGACAUCUUUCCCGCAAUACGCCUCAUCGUCCCUGAGAAGGAUCGUGAGCGGGGUAUGUACGGCAUCAAGGAGAUGACUCUCGGUAAGCUGCUCGUCCGUGUGAUGAAGAUCAACAAAGAUAGCGAAGACGGUUACAAUCUCUUACACUGGAAGCUGCCUGGAGUCAAAGCAUCAAGUGCGAUGGCUGGCGACUUCGCUGGACGAUGCUUCGAGGUCAUCAGCAAGCGACCCAUGCGCCAGACUCCUGGUGAUAUGACAAUCGCGCAGGUGAACGAAAUGCUGGAUCGACUGUCUGUAGCGCAGAAGGAGGAGAAUCAACGACCCAUCAUCGAAGAGUUCUACAAUCGAAUGUGCGCCGAGGAAAUGAUGUGGUUGAUUCGUAUGAUCUUGCGUCAGAUGAAGGUCGGUGCUUCCGAGAGGACAUUUUUCGACGUUUGGCAUCAGGACGCAGAGAAUCUUUUCAACAUCUCUAGCAAUCUCCGGCGAGUCUGCUGGGAAUUGUGGGAUCCAGACGUUCGCCUUGAGGGCGACAGCGCUGGAAUUGCGCUUAUGCAAUGUUUUCAGCCACAGCUUGCAGCUUUCCAGAUGCGGUCAAUGGAGCAAAUGGUGGCUCGGAUGAAGCCGACUGAAGAAGAUGCAGAGUUCUGGAUCGAGGAGAAGUUGGACGGCGAACGAAUGCAACUGCAUAUGGUUGAAGACGAUCAAAUACCGGGCGGCAAACGAUUCGGCUUUUGGUCACGCAAAGCAAAGGACUAUACCUACCUGUAUGGGAAGCACUUCGAAGACGACAACUCCGCCCUGACACGCCACAUCAAGAACGCUUUCAACGAGGGCGUGCGGAACAUCAUUCUAGAUGGAGAGAUGAUCACCUGGGACCCGAAGGAGCAGGCUUUAGUGCCCUUUGGUACGCUCAAAACCGCUGCUCUUUCGGAACAACAGAAUCCAUUUAGUACCGGGAAUCGACCUGUGUUCCGGAUAUUCGACUGCCUAUUCCUCAAUGACAAGGACCUGACUCACUACACCUUGCGCGUCCGACACGAAGCACUUCUGAAGAGCGUCACAUCGAUCGAUCAACGAAUGGAGAUUCACGAACAUCAAAAAGCGACUCAAGCGUCAGAAAUCGAGCCCGUGCUGCGAAAAGUCGUGGCUGAGGCCAGCGAAGGCUUGGUCUUGAAGAAUCCUCGCUCGGAGUACCGCUUAAAUGAGCGAAACGAUGACUGGAUUAAGGUGAAGCCCGAGUACAUGACAGAGUUCGGCGAAUCGCUGGACUGUAUCGUGGUAGGAGGCUACUAUGGUUCCGGCAAGAGAGGUGGAGGCCUGAGCAGUUUCCUGUGUGGUCUGAAGCCGCAACAAGCAAUCUUCAGCAGUCAGAAUCGUAACAUCAACCCUCAGAUGGUGCUCUCGUUCUUCAAAGUUGGUGGAGGAUUUGCCGCAUCUGAUUAUGCUGAGAUCCGCCACCGAACCGAGGGCAAGUGGACGGACUGGAAUGCCAAAAAGCCUCCCACGGACUGGGUCGUCCUUGGUGGAGGUGACCGCCAGUUCGAGAAACCCGACGUGUGGAUCAAGCCUGAGGAUUCAAUAGUGCUAUCGGUCAAAGCCGCAUCUGUGACCGGCACGACGCAAUUCGCCACUGGCUGUACAUUGCGCUUCCCGCGGUUCAAGAAACUAAGGACCGACAAGGACUGGACUCAAGCCUUGACACAGGACGAGUUCAACGCUCUGCGAAAGAGAGUGGAAGCCGAGGUGGAGGAGAAGAAGAUGAAGAUUGACGAUACUCGGAAGCAGAAAGUCGGACCAAAACGCAAGAAGAGGGAGUUGGUAAUACAAGGACAAGAGGAUGCGGUCAGGGCGCCGUAUGCGGGUCCUGCCACAAAGGUCUUCGAGGGGUUGUCGUUCUUCGUCAUGACUGAAGCACCGAAACCGUUGAAGAAAACCAAGGCCGAACUCGAACAACUAAUCAAGGCCAAUGGCGGAAACGUCGUCGCUUCAGAGAAAGAUCCAGACACAAUCAUCAUUGCGGACCGAAACAUGGUCAAGGUCGCGUCAAUCUCCAAGCACGACAAACGCAGCAUCAUCAGACCGUCCUGGCUUUUGGACUGUGUCCGACAAAGCGAGAUUGACAUCGGUCGACCUGCGCUGCUACUGCCCCUGGAGAAAUUCCACCUCUUCCACACCGCGUCUGCCGAACAAGGCAGAUUUGACGACAACGUUGACGAAUAUGGCGACAGCUAUGCCCGUGAUAUCACGACUGAAGAGCUGCUGGCAUUGUGUAAUGCUAUGCCGUCCAAAAUGGAGGAUGGUCUGAACCCUGACGAGGUGCUUGAACAGUUCCACGACCAUGGUCAUGAGCUCGAUGCUAUGAAAGGUUUCAUGUUUCGCGGUACCACUGCCUACUUCGACGACGUACCCGCUGAGGCGAUACGCCUGUUCAAAUUUGCUGGUGGACAAAUAGCCGACUCGAUCGAAGACGAUCAAUUGACGCAUGUCGUCUUGCACACAGGCUGUUCUCCGGCCGCCACGAGGAAAGCGGUUUCUUCGAAGCAGCAGCUUCCCCGAAUUGUGACCGAGAGCUGGGUCGCGGACAGCUGGAGCGAAGCAACAAGACUCGACGAGGAGCAGUUUGUACCUUCGUGA